AUGCUCUCCUUCCUCUCUGGAUCUACCGCCGUCGCGACCGCCACAGGCCGCAGCGCAGGCCGCAGCCGGCAGAAGAAGCUAGGUAUAGGCGUGACAGGCGGCGUAAAUUGCGGAGAGGAGGGAUUGGAACUCGUUCCCCCACAUGGCAGCAGCGCCGGUGCUGGUAACCCGAUUUCCCACUCCUCCUGGCACUUAGCUAGAAGGGAUCCUGGCCUAGGAGCCGGGUUAAGUGCCAGUGGCGGCAGCGGGUUUAGUCUAAGCGGCGGGAGUAGUUUCCACAGAAGCGUUGGGUUAGGGGCGGAAAUUCAUGAGACUCUGAUCCGGGAGACUGCGAGAGUGGGGGCUGCGGCGGCGGCGGUGGGUGGUGGAGGGGGUGCAGGGGACGGGAGAGGCGGCGGUGGUAGCAGCAGCAGUGCUUGGCCGAUUGGGUGCCCUCUGCCUCUCACGACUGACCUUCCUAACAAGACUCGUCUGGUGGACUCCCCACAGCCGUUUCAGCUGCGAGUCAAGCUGCUCGUCUCUUCCCGCAACGACCUAGCUUCCGUGUCUCGCACGCUCGCAUCACUUGCAGCUGUUGAUUAUGACGGAGAUAUUGUUCGCCUGCAUGUAUUUGUGGACCACUUUCUUUAUAACGCGUAUGGAGGAGACAGAGGAGGGGGAGGGGGGCGGGAACGUGGAGGAGGAAGACAAAGACGAGAUGAUGUGGAUGGGGAUGCUGAUGCUGAUGGUGAUGGUGAUAGAGAGGGUGAUGGUGAUGCUACAGACAGAAGGAGCGAUCGUGGUGUUGCAGAUAAGGCAGAGAGACGUGCUCGGGAAUUGAGAAUACGAGUCGGAGAAUCAGAAGAAGAAUCAGAGGCGGGCAGUAAAGGCGACUCCAUCAGUAGCAGCAGCAGCAGCAGGAGCAGCACCGCUGCUGCCAGCGCUGCCACUGCUGCCAGCAGUACUGCCGGUGGUGGUGGUGGUGGUGGUGACGGUGCUACUGGCAAGGACGGGGAGAGUGCUGCUGCAGAAGUGGCAGUGCGGUUGGCGAGGGCGAGGGCAGUGUUGGAGUAUGUGGAUGCCUUCCCAUGGCCGCAUGGGCCCAAGGACGUGCACUACAGGUCAGUGAGUGCAGGCGCACAGGCGCAGUGGGUGGAGGCGUGGUGGCCGGCAUCGGACCACGAGUUUGCUCUGCUGCUCACCGACCGUGCGUUGGUGUCACGGCAUCUGUACCGCUACCUGAGAGCGCUCGUCACGGCCGUGUAUUUCCACCCGGAUACUUCGGACCCUGCUGUGCUCGGCAUGGCCCUCUCCCGCCCCGCCACCGUUGCCGGCAAGAGAGGCAACCAGGCGCUACUCACCAACACCACGGGUCUCUUCCUCUACCGCGCCACAGACCCUCUCGCCCAGCUGCUCUUCCCGCGGCCCUGGAAGGCCUUUCGCCGCUGGUACGACCAGCAGAGCGCCACAGGCGGGUCAGCAGCAGUCGAAGGCCUGGUUGCUGCGGCCGAUGCGCCGUGGCAACGGCGGCAGCAGCGGCGGUGGGAGCAGCGGUGGGAGCAGCAGGGGCAGCGGGGGCAGCCGGGGCAGCGGUGGGAGUGGUGGCGUGGGGGAGAUGAUGUGGUGUGGACCCCGUGGGAGUGGGUGAUGCGGUUUAUGCAUGCAGGGGCGUAUGUCAACCUCUUUCGGGUGUUUCCCCGGGGAGGCACGCUGGCGGUUUCGCACGAGGACAUGGAUUCGCCAUACACAGGAACAGCAGGCAUGGUAUCGGAACUCGUGAGCGACGAGGCAAUGGCGCAGGGAGGAGGAGGAGGAGGAGCAGGAGAAGGAGGUGGUGGGGGAGGGGGCGGAGGAGGGGAAGAAGCAAUGGCAGCGGCAGCCUCGGAUGACACAUGGUCCUUCCCACCGCUCCGGAAGCUGCGUCGCUUCGACCCCUGCUUCCAGUCACCCUUCAUCCUUCACUUCCUCCUCCCCUCUCUUUCCAUCCCUCACGUCUCACCAUGUCUCUCAUGUCUCUCCUCGCCUCUGCUGGUUGGCUUGGCUGGCAUCAUGUCUCUCACAUAUGUGAUCUAUCAAUCGUGCGGUCUCUCCCCUUCCUUCUUCCCCUCCCUCAUCCGUGCUUUUGAGUCGACUCAAAAGCACCUUUGCUGGUUGGCUGGCAUAAUGUCUCUCAUGUCUGUGAUCUAUCAAUCGUGCGGUCUCUCCCCUUCCUUCUUUCCCUCCCUCAUCCUCUCUCCCGUCUGCUGCUCCACUCCCCCUCCCUCCUCCCCUCUCAUCCGCUCCCUCCGCUCCAUUCCCCUCCCCUUUCCCCCAUCUGUCUCAGGAGUUCUCCUCCUCUCGCCUCGCUCGCAGCCCAGAGGACAUAGCCCCUCUGCUGGCCUCAGUUCACCGCCGCUCCACCAUCGUCCUCGUCAACGCGCUCCACUCCUCCGCACCCUCUCCCACCACAUUCCACUCCUCGCCUUCCUCAACUGCUCCCAGUUCUUCGGUCCCUUCGACUCCCCUGGUCUCGACCCACUACUGGCGAACUGGCUGUGCCGUGCUGCUCGCCUGCAAGUGUCCAACUACGUGGUUCUGCUGGAUGAUGGGCCGCUGGGGAUGCACCUCACGCGGCAAGGCCAUGCCGUCAUGCAGCUGCAGCAAAUCCAGGAGGCAGCGGAUGAGAGAGAGUCAGCAGUCAUGCUAGAGGGCAGGGGGCGAGCCCCUUCACGCAAGGUGGUGGGUCGGGGGGAAGCAGCAGGUGUGGAUCUGAUUGCGGCUUCUGCUGCUGCUGCUGCUGAUGGUGGUGAUGGUGGUGGUGAUGGUGAUGGUGACGGUAGUACAGUUGGAAACGGAGAAGAAAAUGGGGACGGAUUGACAGGGGAGGAGUAUGGGGAUGAUUUGGCAGUGUGGGAGGCGGCAGGUCAGGCAUUGGAGCGGCAGAAGCUGUGGCUAGAUGGCGUGCAUUCCGCCAUACAGCUAGGGUAUCACGUUGUGCUUGCUGAUCCGCGCUCUGUGUGGCUCUCUGAUGUCUCUGCUUCUCUCGCUGAUGCUGCUGCCGCUGCUGGUGCUGGUGCUGGUGCUGCUGACGGUGCAGGGCCGAAGGGUGAAGAGGCGGAUGUUGUGGGAGUGGUAGUUGUAAGAGAGGCAGAGGACGGAGGAGCAGAGACAGGAAUAGGAGAUGGGAGUGAAGGAAGAGCAGGUGGGGAUGCGGUAUCAGGACCUGCAGGCAAAAAAGCGGUGGUUGAUGUGGAGAAAGGUGAAACGAGGCUGAAGGGAGUAGAGGGGGUAAAGGGAGAGAAGGGGGUGGAGGGACCAGAGGGAAUGGAGGAGGUAAGUGAAAGAGGGGUGGUAGAGGUGAGGAACGCAGGCAGUGUGGGAGGCAGGAAGCGGGUGGAUGCAGGUCAAUCUGAGAGGGAGGAAAAUGGAGAGGGGCGGGGAUUAGCGGGCAGCGGAGAGGAGAACGAAGAGGCACGCAUGGUUCUUGAGACUACAGGGUUUGUAACACAGUCCGCUACUCCUAGCUCGAAUGCGCACGCUCAUUCCCGUUCUCGUGCUGGUGCUGCUGGUGGUGCCGGGCGGGAGUUGGUAAGUAGUGAUGGUGAUGUGAGCAGUGCAGCAAGAGCCAUGGACCAGAAAAGAGACAGCGAAGGAGACGAGGGCGAGGGUGCUGGCAGCAGCAAGAGCACCGGCAGCAGCAGCAGCAGCAGCAGCAAAAUUACCAGCGGCAGCAGCAGCAUCGGCAUCAGUCCUGUGAGUGACGGAACAGUGGAUUUGUCAAAAGCGGUGGAGCAAGGAGGCGCGCUGUCUCUCACGCUGCUGUAUCUGCGCAGUUCAAAGGCCACAGAACGCAUGUGGGCUGCUCUCAUGGCGUCCCACGAGAAACACAUGCAGCGACUGCAAGCAGCCAAGCCUCCUUCCACCUCCCCUUCCUCCACCUCCUCUUCCUCUUCCUCUUCCUCUUCCUCUUCCUCUCCCUCCUCAUUGUCCUCUGCUUCUCCUGGGAAUGCGUCAGCUGCUGCUGUGAACGAUGCAGUGGGAGAGGAGGGAGGGGGAGGAGUCAGUUCCUUGCUCCCACCACUCUCGUCACAGAAACAGGAACUUUUCAAAGUAGAAAGUGCAGCAAGAGAACAGACCAACCCCGCCACCACCACCACCACGAUAGUUGGAGGGAGAGGAGGUGCAAUAACACAGGAUGUGGUGGCGAAGAGGUGGGGCGUGGGGUGGGAUAGACUGGGCCGGUCAAUGCUCCAAGCAGCCAAGGCCACUGGUGUUGUUGUCAGGAGCUUUCACCCCGACGCUGUUGUUGCACUGUCUCAGUACCAAGCCCUGGUUUUGGAACAGCAGCAGCAGAAGCGGCUACCCUCGGAGCAAAAUGAAGAGGAGGAUGGGGCGGAGGUGGGAGGAGAGGAGCAGGAGGCAGAGCUGGAAUCAAAAUCCCGCCGAGGAUUACAGGAGGGCAGUGGUGGGGCCAACAACAUUGGUAACACAGAAGAAACAAGAUUACCAAAACAAAGAGCUCAUACUGGCAAUGCAAGUAGCCUGGAAGCUGGGCCUCUUUCUACAGCCAGCCUCACAGGCAGUAGAAGCGACAGGUCCGCAGCUGCUGCUGCUGCUGCUGUUGCUGUGGUAACACUCCCAGUACCGACACAGCCUAGCACCGCAGGGAAAUCUAAUACGCAAAGGGGGAAGAGGGCAGGGGGGUCAUCGGUUCUAAGAACGCUAAGUGCUGCAGACUUGUGGGAGGUGGAUGAGGACUUGGCGUGCAGAGAGGUGGUAUGCACUCCUGUGCCCUCAUGA